AUGAGUGAGAAUAACAAUGAACAAAUGGAUCUUGGAAGUGAGACAGCUAGCAAUAAUGAUAUAACAGAUACUGCUAUUACUGCUGUACCUAUAACUAGUUCAAAUAUGGAAGUAACAACAACAACUGAAAAUUCAACAUCAAAAUUAAAAAUAAUAAUAAAAACAUUAAGAAAAAAAAAAAAUAUAUCAAUUGAUGGUUCUUCAACUGUCAAACAGGAAUUUAAUCUACCAAUUAAUCAAAUUUGUCUUACUUAUUCGAGUAAAAUUCUUAACGAUGAUGAUGAUAAUAUUAACAAAUAUGAUAUAAAAGAUGGUGCUACUAUUAAUUUGGUUAAACAAAUACUUAAAAUAAAUACAACAACAUCAAGUGCAUCGGUUAGUUCAACAAUUCCAAAAGGAACUAAUGAUACAUUAGUGUGUGAUAAUCAAACAAAUACAACACAAUUAAAUAUUAUGAAUAAUCCAGUACAACAUCAUCAAGUAAUAGAAAAUUCUAUAGUACAAAAUGUAACAAGCAAUUCAGAUUUAUUAUUAUAUUCAUUAUUACUUAGCAAUCCACAAAUGCGUAAUUUAAUGAAAAGUACACCAGAUGAAUCUAAUGAUUUACAACGUAUUAAUGAUAAUGAUGUACAAAAACCAAUAUAUUCAGCACCACAAAAACCAUUUGAUAUUAAUAUAUUUUCACAAUUAUUUACUGGAAAUGAAGAAAAUACAACCAUAUCAUGUAUGGAAAAUACUAAUCCAUUAUCGAAUUCUUCGACAUCUGAUGGUACUGAUACAUCCAAAAAUCAACAACAAGAACAAAUCUCUCAAAUGAUAAAAAAUUAUAUAUCUCAAUUAGAUCAAAAUGUUCAUUUAAUUCAAGAUGUUGUUAAUAAACCAUGCAUACAAUCAUUAAUGAAUUCAAUUGCAACUAAUCCUGAUAUACCAAGACAAAUGGUUGCUAAUAGUCCCAAAUUAUAUGCACAAAUAAUUGAUACUCUAUCAGCUACGAUGAAGGAACAAAUAAGAAAUCUUGACGUUCAAGCAUUAAUGAAAAAUGAUCAAGUACAUGAAGCUAUUAUACAAGUUCAAAAAGAUCUUAAACGUUUACAUGCAAUAGUACCGGGUAAAUUUGUUCAAAAUAUUCCAACAUCUAUUGAAGCUGCAUCUGCAAUAGACAGCGAUUUCCAUCACAAAUUCGAAUUAAAGUUUAAUACAAUCUGUGUUCAUCCCCUCUUUUCAAAAGCAGAACAACAAGCUAUAGGAGAUCGUAUUAUUACUGCAAUAGAAUUUCUAAAUACGUUUUUUGCUAAUGAUGAUCGUUGCGCAACAAUCUGGACGAACAUUAUGAACGGUGCAUACAAAACAAUUACAAAAGGCAUGCCAAUAUCAAAAAUAAAUAAAAUACUUUUUAAUUCAUCAAUUAGUUCUACUAAAAUAUCUACUCUUGAACGAUUAAUUCAACAAAAAAUAACUGUUGCUGUUAUUCAUCUGAAGGCAGAAGCAUCACCUCAAAUAUUAGAUUCUUGUCGCACUAAUGAAUAUGCGACAACAACACCAAGACCGAACGAGGAAAUAUUAAUAGCCAUUAAUCCGUUAGUUUUUGACAAGAAAACGGCAGGUGAUGGAAGUGAUGUAACACCGGAAGCUUCAACAUUAUUUUUAAGCAUGCUUUUAUUACAUGAACUUACACACGCUGCUAGACUUAUGUCUCCACAAAAAAAUGAUACACCGAAAUUAGCAUUUUUUAGUACAUAUUCAUCACCUGGUCAUUAUGAUGGUGGAAAUGUUUUGGAAAGAGAACUGUUAUCUGGUGAACUUCAUAUUAAUAAAGAUUCUAAUUAUUCAGAUGUCAAAUUAUUUAUACUCGGACAAAGUAAUAAACAUAUUCAAUUAUCACAAUCAAAUAUUAUUGAUUGUUUAAAUAAGAACAACUUUAUAUCAUUAUUAACAUUAGUAGAUGAAUCAUCAGAACCUCUAAUUAAACGUAAACGUACAACUGAAAAUACAAAAACAAGAACAAAUUAUCUUGAAACAGCUGAUGAUGAAAAUCAAGAAAAUGAAGUAAAAUUCAUACCAUUACUUCAAUAUCAUGCACGAAAUACUUAUGAACAAACAUAUCAAAUUUAUCCGAAUGAACAUUUUCAAUGUUUAUUAAAUUAUCAUUGUGAAAACGAUACUUUAACAGACCAAUCUCCAGAUGAUCCAAUAUUAUAA